UCUGAAGAGGUGAUGAAGAGAGACAUUGUGUUCCUUGUCGAUGCGUCCGAUGAUGUCGGAAACACAGAUUUUGCUGUUGUCCGUGAUUUUCUCACAAGUAUAAUAGACAACCUCGAUGUUGGAUAUGACAAAGUUCAAGUAGGCCUGAUACUAUACAGCACAUAUGCAGACACUGAGUUCUACUUGGACACCUAUUUGUCAAAAGCUGAUAUUCUGACUCAUGUGAGAAGACUGAGACUGAAAGGUGGGACCAGACGGAAUACUGGUGCAGCCAUGGAACAUGCCUAUAGAUACCAUUUCAUCAACUCUGCUGGAAGUAGGAAAAAAAAUGGCGUCGCUCAGUUUUUGGUGCUCAUCACUGGUGGAGCAUCUAGCGAUGAUGUCAGUCGAGCUGCUGCUGCGUUGAAGCGAGCUGCUAUAAUGAGUUUUGCAGUUGGAGUCAAGAAUGCAGAUUUAGCAGAGCUGAACGACAUUGCCAUUGAUCCCAGCUUAGUCUUCAGAGAAAGUGAAUCCCAUUCUUUACCGAAUAUACAAGGAGAGGUGACCACACUAUUAUCAACUCUGCCAGCGCCGCGGGUAAUACCUGAAGAACCAACUGUUGUCGUUGAACCAGUUAUACCAGAUGGAGGAAGCAAGAGAGACAUUAUGUUCCUUGUCGAUACAUCAGACAAUGUUGGAAGGGCAAAUUUUCCUUCAGUCCGUGACUUUCUCUCAAGUAUCAUGGAAAACCUCGAUAUUGGAAGCGACAGGGUGAGGAUUGGUCUGGUACAGUACAGUAAUUAUGCAGAAACGGAAUUCUAUCUGAACACGUAUUCUUCUGAAGAUGAAGUUCUAACGCAUGUGAAAGGGCUAAAGCUAAGAGGUGGAAGGAACAUUAAUACUGGUGCAGCACUGGACUUUGUCCUCCGCUAUCAUUUUACUAGAUUUGGAGGAAGUAGGAAAGAUGAAGGUGUUCCUCAAGUAUUGGUACUCAUCACUAGUGGAAGCUCUGGAGAUGAUGUUAAAACACCAGCAGACAAAAUGAAGCAAGAUGCUAUGAUAAUCUUUGCCAUAGGAGCCAAGAAUGCUAACCCAGCCCAGAUAAAAGAAAUUGCAAGUGACCCAGGUCUGGUCUUCAAUGUACAGGAACUUCAUUCCCUACCAAACAUAAAGGAACAAGUGACAUCCUCAUUAUUGACAUUGGCUGCUCCACCAGUAACUCAUUACAAGUCAAAAGUGAUGGCUGAAAGAGUAACCCAUACCAUUCCAGAAGUUACAUCUGAAGCUGAAAUCAAGAGAGAUAUUGUGUUUCUGAUUGAUGAAUCAGAUAAUAUCGGGAAUUCAAACGCACCACAUGUGCGUGAUUUUAUCACAAGAAUAAUUGAGAACCUGGACAUUGGAAGUGACAGAGUGCGUGUUGGGUUGGUACUGUACAGUGACGCUCCUGAAACUAAGUUUUAUCUUAACACCUACUCAAGAAAGGAUGAACUUCUGUCUCUCCUGAGACCACUCAGAUUUAAAGGUGGCGUGACAGCCAAUACUGGCAAAGCACUGGACUUUGUCUUCAAACACCACUUUACCAAGUCUUUAGGCAGCAGGAAAGAUGAAGGUGUUCCUCAGUUUUUAGUGUUGAUCACUGGUGGGAGGUCUGGAGAUGAUAUCAAAGCGUCUGCAGAUGCAUUGAAACGAGCCGCUAUCAUGACCUUUGCCAUUGGAGCCAGAAAUACUGACACAGCGCAACUAAAAGAAAUAGCAUUUGAACCCAAUUUGGUCUACAAUUUGAGGGAUUUCUAUUCACUAUCAGACAUACAAGAAAAGGUAUUGCCCCAAAUACAAAGACUGCGUGUUCCAGAAAUAAUUAUCGAUGAGCCAAAAUUAGACAACAGAGAACCUACUGUUGCACCUACAGAAGUUCCUGCAGUCAGAAAGAGAGAUAUCGUCUUCCUAAUUGCUGGCUCUUCUGAGAUGGGAAGAUCAUUUCUUCAAGUCCGAGAUUUUCUGAAGAAAAUAAUCCAGGAACUCGAUAUUGGACCCGACAGAGAUCAAGUUGCUGUGGUACAGUACAGUUCUGACCCAAAACUUGAAUUUGGCCUCAACACUCAUUUAACUAGAGAUGCAGUUUCAGAUGCAAUUAAAAAGCUGAGAUUGAAACCAGGGAGACCCCUCAACACUGGUGUUGCACUGGACUAUGUCACAAGGAAUGUCUUCAGUCCAUCCGCAGGGAGCAGAGGAGAUGCUGGAGCUUCACAAAUCCUGGUGCUCAUCACUGCUGGGAAAUCCAGAGACGAUGUUGGACAGGCAGCAGAUACAAUUAAACAGGCUGGUAUCGUGCCCAUUGUUAUUGGAGCCAAGAAUGCAGAUGCAACGGAACUACAACAGAUAGUGUCUAAUUCCGACUCUGUUUUGAAACUGGGAGACUUCCAUGAAUUGACAACUAUUCAACAAGAGUUAUUGUCUAAAGUUAGAGCAGUGUCUGUGAUUGAGGAACCAACAGUUCCCGCUGAAGUUGUACGAAGGGAAAUGAGUGAGAGAGACAUUAUCUUCCUUAUUGAUGGAUCAGACAAUGUUGGAAACACCAAUUUACCUUUUGUCAAGGACUUCAUCACAAGAAUAGUUCGGAACUUGGCCGUUGGAAGUGACCAGGUGCGAGUAGGUCUGGCACAGUACAGCGAUGAUACUGAAGCUGAAUUCUAUCUAAACACUUACUCUUCAGAAGCUGAACUUCUGUCUCAUAUCAGGACCCUCAGAUUGCGAGGUGGGACAACUGCCAACACUGGUUCAGCAUUGGAUUUUGCCAGUAAAUACUUUUUUACUAGCUCAGCAGGAAGUCGAAUAAAAGAAAACAUUCCUCAGUUUUUGGUGCUUGUUACUAGUGGAAGGUCCGAUGAUGAUGUGGAAGCACCAUCAGAUGCAUUGAAGCGAGCUGCAGUAAUGACCUUCGCUGUUGGAGUCAAGCACACAGACCGAGCCCAGCUAGAAGAGAUGGCAAUUGAUCCAAGUUUGAUCUUCAGUGUCAAUGAUUUCCAGUCUCUGCCAGAUUUACUGGAUCAGAUGAUAAUACCACUGACCACACUGGCAGUACCUACUGUUAUUGAAGAACCAAUAAGUAUUGAAGAACAAGUGAUUACAACAGAAGCCAGGAAGAGAGAUAUUGUCUUCCUAAUUGAUGGAUCUCCUGGAAUGGGAAGAUCCUUCCCUCUAGUCCGUGAUUUUGUUAAGAACGUAGUUCAGGAGCUUGAUAUUGGACCUGACAAAGACCAAGUUGCUGUGGUACAAUACAGUUCUGACUCAAGAGUUGAAUUUGGCCUCAAAACUUAUUCCACCAACGAUGAGCUAAUGAAUGCAAUACAUAAGCUGAGACUGAAAACAGGGAGACCCCUCAACACUGGUGCUGCACUGGACUAUGUAACAAGGAAUGUCUUCAGCCCAUCCGCAGGGAGCAGAGGAGAUGCUGGAGCUUCACAAAUCCUGGUGCUCAUCACUGCUGGGAAAUCCAGCGAUGAUGUUGGACAGGCAGCAGAUACAAUGAAACAGGCUGGUAUUGUGCCCAUUGUUAUUGGAGCCAAGAACGCAGACACAGCAGAGCUUCAAAAGAUCGUAUAUGAGCCAAAUUUUAUUUUGAAACUGGGCGAUUUUAAGGAAUUACUAAGUAUUCAAAAGGAGCUGGUAUCUAAAGUUAAAACCGUCUUCAUUAUUGAGGAAAUAACUACUGUUACUCCUGAAGUUUCACCUGAGGAAAUGAACAAGAGAGAUAUUGUGUUCCUUAUAGAUGGAUCAGAGAAUGUUGGAAACACAAAUUUACCUCUUGUGCAUGAUUUCAUCAGAAAUAUAGUUGAGAAUCUCAAUAUUGGAAGUGACCGAGUGAGAGUGGGUCUGGCACAGUUCAGUCACAAUGCAGAAACGGAAUUCUAUCUUAACACCUACUCGUCAAAAGCUGACAUUCUGCGCCAUGUCAAAGGACUCCAAUUGAAAGGUGGCACAAUGCUUAAUAUUGGCACAGCACUGGACUUUGUCUUCAGGAACCACUUUACUGAUCAUGCAGGAAGCAGAAAAGAGCAAGGAGUUCCUCAGUUUCUGGUGUUGUUCACUGGCGGUAGAUCAACGGAUGCUGUUAAACCGUACGCAGAUAAACUAAAGCGAGCUGCCAUAACAACCUUUGCUGUCGCAAUAAGAAAUGCAGAUGAAGCACAGCUACAAGAAAUUGCAACUGACCCCAGUUUAGUUUUUAGUGUAAAGGAAUUCCAAAAUCUACCCCAUGUACAGGAAAGGUUGAUGACACCAUUGUCAACACUAACUGCUCCAACUGUAACAAUUAAAGAGUCAAUUGUAAUUGCUGGCGAAUCAAUGAUUACAAGUGAAGAAGCUCCUGCAGCAAGGCAAAGAGAUAUUGUCUUCCUUAUUGAUGGCACGCUUGGAAUGGGUAAAGCAUUCCCUCUAGUUCGUGCAUUUCUGGUUAAAGUAAUCCAGGAACUUGAUAUUGGCCCUGACAAAGAUCAAGUUGCUAUGGUGCAAUAUAGUCAUGACUCAAAAACUGAAUUUGGACUUAAUACUUAUGCAAGUAAAGAUGAGGUUUUGGCUGCAGCAGCACAGCUCAGACGGAAAACAGGAAGAGUCCUCAACACUGGUGCAGCACUGAACUAUGUUACAAGAAAUGUCUUUACCGCAUCUGCUGGGAGCAGACAAGAUAUGGGAGCUACACAGAUUCUGGUGCUAAUCACUGCUGGAAAGUCCAGGGAUGAUGUUGGACAGGCAGCACAUGCAGUAAAGCAAGCUGGUAUUGUGCCCAUUGUUAUCGGAGCCAAGGCUGUCCAUCCUGCAGAGCUACAACAGCUAGUGUAUUCUCCUGAUUUCAUUUUUAUACAAAAAACCUUUCAGACUGUACCACAAAUCCAACAGCAGUUGACAUCGAUAUUGAAAUCAGUUUCUCUUGAAUCACUUGACGAUCAGCCCCAAUGAAUGAUAUAACUGUCAUGCCUGUGGAUUUUUGUAUAGCACCAUUCAAGUUCCUCUCCAUAGAUUAAACUACAGAACAAUAAAGAAGAACAAUGGUCAUGGAUACAUCACUUUGCAAUCAGAGCAACAUGAAGACUGAAUAUCUUUGGAAGCCAUCCUUUCGACAAUAAUUUUCUGAGUUAUCUUAGUGUCUUCAACUAUCAGUGUAAAAUUGUAUCUAUAUAUCUGGCAUAUUUUAUAAAAUUAUUUACAAAUUAUAGUUAACAGAAUUACCUGGGAUAAACAUGGUCGGAAUGUAAGGGAACUAGGCAGCACUGUUCACUCAAUUGCAUCGCUCCUCACUCCAGCACCUUUUAACAGUUUGAGAGAUUGCCGUCAAAAAAGACCAGAGCAUGAUUGGAUGUUAAGUUAUCACGAUCAUGAGUGAAUUUUUUGUUACGCUCAUUUUUUUUGUUUGGGUUGUGUAUAUACACCAAAGCUGAUUUGCUACUACUUAGUAUGUAUAUAUAUUUCCAAAUCCAAUUGUCGCAGCUAUCUGCCUACUCGAGAAAUGAUCAGAAUUUCUUGUUCCCACCAAAUUAUCUCUUUCUAGCUGUCAUGGCAACCAAAGUUUGAUCAAAAUUUGAAAGUAGCUCUCACAAACCUACCUGGGUUUAAAUCCUCUAUAUUCCAUCAGGAAUUUCUAAAGUAACAAAUAAAAGUUGAUUUUAAAAUGAAA